AUGAAUCUCCUCUACUUUACCACAAGUUUACUACUUAUUUCUUCAGCAUUAUGUGGUGUUAAAGAUCUGCUUGAUCAUUAUGAAAGCAGCAAUGGAGCUGUGGGAGCACGAGGUGUAUCACCCCAAAAUGCAGAAAGCCUUCAGGAUGACACUGUGACCAAUGAUCUUAUUGCUGAAGGAGAUGAUGAAGAGGACUACCUGGAUUUUGAUAAAAUAUUAGGUGAAGAUGAAGAUUAUACAGACAUCAUUGAUGUUCUUCCAGAGAUCAAGAGUACUGAAAAAAUACCAGGGAAUAUAUAUGAACUUUUCCCAGGAAAAACAAGGAUUCAAAGGCUGAACAUAAUCAAUGCCAAUUUUGGCUUUGAUCUUUAUCGAGCCAUAAAAGAAACCACAAAUGCAACUGAAAACAUCUUAUUAGCACCAGUUGGUGUAUCUACAGCAUUGGCUGAAGUGGCACUGGGCACAAAAGGGCAGACUCACAGCCAAAUUCUAUCUACUUUAGGCUUCAAGAAUUUCAUCAAUGCUAGUUCAAAAUAUGACAUCUUCACAAUUCAUGAAGUCUUUCGUAAAUUAACUCACAGACUCUUCCGCAGAAAUUUUGGCUAUACUUUAAGAGCAGUCAAUGACCUCUACAUAGAGAAAUACUUUGACAUUAGGGAGGACUUUCAGAAAAACUUGAAAAACUACUACUUUGCAGAGGCUCAGAUUGGCGACUUUGAAGAUAAAGCAUUCCUCAGUAAGAUUAACCAACGCAUUCACAAGCUGACCAAAGGACUGAUUAAAGAAGCACUCUCAAACCUUAGCCCAGAUCUUCUGUUGUUACUUGUAAACUGCAUCUACUUCAAAGGAACUUGGGAGAAUAAGUUUCCAGCAGAGUAUACCCAUAAUGCAAAUUUUCGUGUGAGUGACAAAGAAGUUGUGAAAGUGCCCAUGAUGAAGACCAAAGGAAACUUCUUUGUAGCUGUAGAUUCUGACCUGGACUGUGACGUUCUGCAGCUGCCAUAUGUUGGCAACAUCAGCAUGCUAAUUGCUAUGCCACACAAACUGUCUGGAAUAAAACUCCUUGAGAAGAAGCUCAAUUCACAUGUGGUAGAAAAAUGGCAGAAAAUUAUGACAAACAGGACAAGGGAUAUUUAUCUUCCUCGCUUCAAGCUGGAAAAGAUCUAUAACUUAAAGGAUGUGCUCAGCAACAUGGGAGUGAAGGAUGUGUUCACUGCCAAGGCAGACUUCUCGGGCAUUACUAAUGAAGAUAUCAACAUUGGCCUGUUUCAACAACAAGGCAGCAUCACAGUGAACGAAGAGGGAACACAAGCUGCUAGUCUUACUACUGUGGGCUUUACGCCACUUUCCACACAAACGCGCUUCAUUGUGGACCGUCCCUUCCUUUUUUUCAUCUAUGAACAUCGCACCAAUUGCCUUAUUUUCUGUGGAAGAGUGUCCAACCCCACCAAGUCUUGA